AUGAAAUUUUAGAUUAAAUCUAAAAAGAAUAGAAAUUAAUUAGUAAAUCUGUUAGAAAUGAUGAAUAAGAUGUAGAUAAAGAAAUAAUUAUUUCCAAGCUCAAUUUAUUUUAUGAGAAAUAUAAAGAAAAUGUUAGAAGAUAUUGAUUUGAUGGCAGAUGAAAUUGAGAAUGCAAAUAUAACAAUUACUGAAAAGGAAUGUUUGUUAAAUGUCUUUAGAGAAAUGGUUGAUAAUAUAUAUAGAAAUGUUAAAUUUUAAAUCAGUAACAUAGAGUCAUGA